AUGAAAGGUUCUAUGGUUGUUGCAACACUUAUUGUCAUUGUAGCAUUUGCAGUUGCGUUUACUAUUCCCGGAGGAUAUGACCAAGAAGACGGGUUUCCUAUCUUCAUUCAUGAACCCACCUUCUUAGUUUUUAUAAUAGCAGAUGCAAUUUCCUUAUUCUCUUCCUCAACUUCACUUCUAGUGUUCUUGUCUAUAAUCACAUCUAAUUAUGCUCAACGUGAUUUCCUAUACUCAUUACCCAGAAAACUAGUCAUAGGUUUAGUAACACUCUUCAUCUCUGUAGCAGCCAUGAUGCUUACCUUUGUUGCAAGUUUCUUUGUGUUAUACCGUAACGGGUUGAAAUGGGUACCAAUCAUUAUCGGUAUAUUAGCUGCCAUACCAGUCAUUGUAUUCGCAACACUUCAGUUUCCUGUUUGGUUGGACAUGUUCCGCUCGAUGUAUGAUUCUACGUAUAUCUUCCAUCCUAAGAGUAAUAUGCUUUACAAGAAAAACUCAAGGUUGUAA